GCUGGGACUGCUGUUGCUAUGAUGCAAUGGCGACUGCGCCGUGGGAAGCGAGCGAGGAGUUGAAUGAGUUCUCUCCACAGUUGAAGUGAGGCAGCCGCGGACAGUCGGGACGCCGUCAGUGUCCAGGGAUAGACACGGAGACACUUACAGGGGGGUCCUAACCACAUGGAAACACACAGCCAGGUGUGUCUGCUAGCCUCACAGCUAGCCGUGUCAUGACGGCUGGAGAGAUUUCUCACACAUCUGUACGACGCUGCAGCGACACCAGAGAAACACCAACACCCUGUUUGCUCUCCUUAUCCGACACCAAGUAAGGAGGGCUUGUUUUUAUUUCAUUCCUCGUCGCGUUGUCCCACCACACCUGCGACUCAGUGGACCUAUUUUGUGCUUCGUUCUGGACCACCAUGGCUGAGAGAACCUCAAGCGGGUUGUUAACGAUGAUGUUGGAGCCCACGCCGGCUGUCGCUAUGACCCUGCCGGCGGAGGUCCGGGAGAAGCUGGCGGAGCUGGAGCUGGAGCUCUCAGAGGGGGACAUCACUCAGAAGGGCUAUGAGAAGAAAAGAGGCAAGCUGUUGGCACCGUACAUCCCACAGAUACAAGGUGUAGAUCCUUCUCUGCAAAUUGACAACAGGAUUCAGUCCUCCUCACAAGCAGUUCUCCCAGGUUCCAAACACAACAAGUCUCGGGCCGCCAACACCCGGGAUGAACGCUUCAGAUCUGAUUUGCACACAGAAGCCGUCCAAGCAGCUCUGGCAAAGUACAAAGAGAGGAAGAUGCCAAUGCCCUCCAAGAGACGAUCUGUGUUAGUUCAGUCUUCUGUUGAGGCAUGCACCCCGCCAGACACCUCCUCAGCGUCAGAAGACGAGGGCUCGCUGCGCCGGCAGGGACGUCUGGCCACCUCCACGCCCUACCAGGGCCAUGGCCACCCGGCCGUUGAGCACUGGUUUAACCGUGUCAUCCAGGGUUCGUCCACCUCAUCCUCCGCGUCAUCCACCUCAUCCCACCCGGGAGGGAGAUCUGUCACCACCACCACCAACACCACUGCCCACGCAGCCCUCAACGCCAACGCCGCAGCUACCGCAUUGGCGGACCUUAUGGCACACACCCAGCUAGAUAACCACUCAGCACCCCCUGAUGUGACGGGGCUGUCGGAGCGCUCCUCACUUCAUGCUGAGCGACCCCAGGUAGCCUCAGUGCGAGGCGUUUCCCGUGGCCACAACCACCACACCAGCGUCAUGGAGACUGCAGAUGGCUGUGAGGGGAGAGGUGAUGGAUCCCUCAAUUUAAUGGAUGGUGUUCCAGUCAACAGCCGCGUCUCCUCCAAAAUCCAGCAGCUGCUCAACACUCUCAAGAGACCCAAGCGACCGCCGUUGCGAGAAUUCUUCGUCGACGACUUUGAGGAGCUUUUGGGAGUCCAGCAUCCAGAUCCCAACCAGCCAAAGCCAGAAGGCCAGCAAAUGAGUGCCCUAGAAGGAGAGCCUCUCGGGGUGGUAAACAAGUGGCCCCCCUCCUUACCAGCAGCCUUACAACGGUGGGGCACCACUCAGCCCAAGAGCCCAUGUCUGACAGGACUGGACAAUUCUGGAAAGCCUGUCUACACACUCACCUACGGUAAACUAUGGACACGCAGUCAGAAACUGGCCUACACUCUCCUGAACAAGCUGAGCACCAGGAAUGAGCCUUUGCUCAUGCCUGGAGACAGAGUUGCACUUGUUUUCCCCAACAAUGACCCGGUGAUGUUCAUGGUGGCGUUCUACGGCUGUCUCCUGGCAGAGCUGGUACCUGUGCCUAUUGAAGUGCCACUGACACGAAAGGAUGCAGGAAGUCAACAGAUUGGCUUUCUGUUGGGCAGCUGUGGUGUCACGUUGGCGCUGACCACUGACGCUUGUCAGAAAGGCUUGCCUAAAGCACAAACAGGGGAGGUAGCAACUUUCAAAGGCUGGCCACGGUUGCUGUGGUUUGUGACAGAUGGAAAACAUGUCGUGAAGCCUCCAAAAGACUGGUAUCCUCCAAUACGGGAAGCCAGUAAUGACAUUGCCUACAUAGAGUAUAAAACCAGCAAGGAAGGAAGCACCAUGGGGAUCACAGUGUCUCAUUCAGCCAUGCUGGAUCACUGUCAUGCUCUCACACAGGCCUGUGGCUACACUGAAGCUGAGACCAUAACCAACGUCUUGGACUUCAAGAGAGAAGCAGGUUUAUGGCAUGGUGUUCUCACUAGCGUUAUGAAUCGGAUGCACGUGAUCAGCAUUCCUUACUCCCUGAUGAAAGUCAACCCCCUGUCUUGGAUACAGAAGGUUCACACAUACAAAGCGCGGGUUGCUGUGGUGAAGUCGAGGGACAUGCAUUGGUCCCUGCUGGCCCAGAGAGACCAGAGAGACAUCAGCCUGAGCUCCCUGCGCAUGCUCAUCGUAGCCGACGGAGCAAACCCAUGGUCAAUAUCCUCCUGCGACGCCUUCCUCAACGUGUUUCAGGCACGUGGGCUGCGACCUGAGGUGAUCUGCCCAUGUGCCAGCUCCUCAGAAGCCAUGACUGUCGCCAUCCGCAGGCCUCCAGAAAUGGGAGUUCCUCCUCCUGGGAAGGCGGUGCUCUCUAUGGGAGGGCUGAGCCACAGUGUGAUACGUGUGGACACGGAGGAGAAACUCUCUGUCCUGACAGUGCAGGAUGUGGGACAAGUCAUGCCUGGAGCUUUGGUGUGUGUGGUGCGGGUGGAGGGGACUCCUUAUAUCUGUCAGACAGACGAGGUUGGAGAGAUCUGUGUGAGUUCAGGUAGCACAGGCGUAGCUUACUACGGCCUCCCGGGUAUGACCAAGAAUGUCUUUGAGACUAUCCCAGUAUUAUCCUCUGGACUUCCUAUCAGUGACAGACCGUUUACAAGGACUUCACUGCUUGGCUUUGUAGGACCGGACAGCCUUGUGUUUGUUGUGGGGAAGAUGGACGGGCUGAUGGUGGUCAGUGGGCGGAGGCACAAUGCUGAUGACGUGGUUGCCACGGCACUGGCAGUGGAGCCAAUGAAGUUUGUGUACAGGGGGAGGAUAGCUGUGUUUUCUGUGUCUGUGCUGCAUGACGAGAGGAUCGUUGUUGUGGCCGAGCAGAGACCGGACGCCUCAGAGGAGGACAGCUUCCAGUGGAUGAGCCGCGUCCUUCAGGCUAUAGACAGCAUCCACCAGGUGGGAGUGUACUGCCUGGCUCUGGUGCCUGCCAACACGCUUCCGAAGGCUCCCCUGGGUGGCAUCCAUAUAUCUGAGACCAAACAGCGCUUCUUGGAGGGAGCCUUGCACCCCUGCAAUGUCCUCAUGUGCCCUCACACCUGUGUCACCAACCUGCCCAAGCCAAGACAGAAACAGCCAGAGGUCAGUCCUGCUUCUAUGAUAGUGGGAAACCUGGUGGCAGGGAAGAGGAUAGCACAGGCCUGUGGGAGAGAUGUGGCACAGCUGGAGGACAAUGAACAGUUCCUGUAUAUACAAGAUGUGCUGCAAUGGAGAGCUCAGGCCACUCCAGAUCAUCCUCUGUUCCUUGUUCUCAAUGCUAAGGGCACGGUGGCGAGCACUGCAUCCUGCCUGCAGCUGCACAAGCGUGCGGAACGAGUGGCUGCAGCACUGAUGGGACGCCUCAACACUGGAGACCAUGUAGCACUUGUCUACCCACCAGGAAUUGACCUGAUUGCAACCUUCUAUGGCUGCCUGUAUGCUGGAUGCGUGCCUGUCACUGUAAGACCUCCACACCCCCAGAAUCUGGCAACCACCCUGCCCACUGUCAAGAUGAUCGUAGAGGUCAGUAAGUCGGUGUGUAUCCUGACCACUCAAGCAAUAAUGAAGCUGCUUAAGUCCAAAGAGGCAGCUGCUGCUGUGGAUAUCAAGAGCUGGCCCAUGGUGCUGGACACAGAUGAUCUACCUAGGAAGAAAAGCCCCCAGAUGUACAAGCCCCCGACCCCAGAGAUGUUAGCUUACCUGGACUUCAGUGUGUCCACAACAGGCAUCUUAGCAGGGGUCAAAAUGUCUCACGCUGCCACCAGUGCCUUGUGUCGCUCCAUCAAACUGCAGUGUGAGCUGUACCCAUCCAGGCAGAUCGCAAUCUGUCUGGACCCUUACUGCGGCCUGGGCUUCGCUCUCUGGUGCCUGUGCAGUGUGUACUCGGGCCACCAGUCGAUCCUGGUUCCCCCUCUGGAGCUGGAGAGCAAUGCAUCUCUGUGGCUCGGGGCAGUCAGUCAGUACAAAGUGCGAGUCACCUUCUGCUCAUAUUCGGUCAUGGAGAUGUGCACCAAGGGCCUGGGCUCACAGACCGAAGCACUGCGGUUGCGAAAUGUGAACCUGUCCUGCGUGCGUACGUGCAUGGUGGUAGCCGAGGAGAGGCCCCGCAUUGCACUCACUCAGUCUUUCUCAAAGAUCUUCAAGGACUUGGGGCUUUCACCACGCGCCGUCAGCACCACCUUCGGCUGCAGGGUGAAUGUGGCAAUAUGUUUGCAGCCCAACAGGUUAGGGAAACUGGCUGAGCAGGGCACAGCUGGACCGGACCCCACCACUGUUUAUGUGGACAUGAGAGCUCUACGACAUGACAGGGUUCGUCUGGUAGAGAGAGGGUCGCCACACAGCUUGCCUCUGAUGGAGUCUGGGAAGAUCCUUCCGGGAGUGAAGGUGAUCAUUGCAAACACAGAAACUAAAGGACCCUUGGGAGACUCACAUCUGGGAGAGAUCUGGGUGAGCAGUCCUCACAAUGCCACAGGCUACUACACAGUUUAUGGUGAGGAGGCGCUGCAUGCAGACCACUUCAACACCAAGCUCAGCUUCGGUGACACCCAGAGUGUCUGGGCGAGGACAGGGUACCUGGGCUUCCUGCGGCGCACUGAACUGACUGAUGCAAGUGGAGAGCGCCAUGAUGCCCUCUAUGUGGUGGGCUCUCUCGAUGAGACUCUGGAGCUGAGGGGGAUGAGGUAUCAUCCUAUUGACAUCGAAACCUCUGUGAUCCGUUCACACAAGAGCAUAGCUGAAUGUGCGGUGUUCACUUGGACAAACCUCCUUGUGGUGGUCGUGGAACUGGAGGGAUCAGAGCAGGAGGCCCUGGACCUGGUUGCCCUAGUGACCAACGUUGUGCUGGAGGAGCACUACCUCAUCGUAGGUGUAGUGGUGGUGGUGGACCCCGGCGUCAUCCCCAUCAACUCCCGAGGGGAGAAGCAACGUAUGCACCUCAGAGAUGGAUUCCUGGCCGACCAGCUGGACCCCAUAUAUGUGGCUUACAACAUGUGAGGGUCCCGCUGCAGGAGUCUUUUUUUCCCCCCCUACAUGUGGCUUAUCGCGCAACCAAGAGGCAGCAAGACGGAGGCUUGUAGUCGCAAGCAUGGCAUUAGUGAAAGAAAGAAAUGCUGCCCUCUUAUAUCUUGAAAGAUGCAAAACUUCACCACAGAAUGGAGAGAAAUACCAAGAGAUCAACAAAACCUCAUGUCAGAUUCUGCCAGUGAUUUGUCGACUCUACAAAAAAAACGUUUAAAGGGCGUUUUGGCUCUUUUGAGUUCUGUAUGUAUGACAGAGCCUCAUAGCAGUACAGCAGGAGGUUAAGUUUUAAUACUACACUGUGCCAUUAACAGACUUUACUUUGUCAGAAUCCAGCAUAUUGUUUGAGUUUUCCAUACACAUGUGCCAUAGAACUGGACUGAUGCCAGUACACUAAACCUGGUUCAAACAUGCUCUACCUUGUUUCAUGUUCACAGAGCCUCCUGUGCCAUUAGUGGAACACUUUUUACAGAAUCUCUUCCGCGUACAAUUCCAUCACAACUGUGGCAUCUUCUCUACAGAUUAAAGCUGCCUCCUAUAGUAACCCUGAUUUUUAAUGUUCAGGCAGUUCAGAUCAUGUCACGACAUUAACAAUGAAGCACACAGCAGGGCUGAUGGAGGAGGGGCAGUUAGGGUUAUCUGUUUCUCAUUUUUCAGCUGUAGUGCUUUAGUUUGUAGUGUCAGUAACGAGGAUGCAAAGAAAAUAAUGUGGUUUGACUUAAAUUUGUUUCUUUUCUAAAUGUGUAGGUUAGUUUUUGUUUUACCUGAACGAAAUGCAAUAUGUGUGACGUGAAAGAUGUUGCUAGGAGCGACAGUAAGUGCCGAUCAUUCAAAGUCAUGACGUGGGGAGUUGCUUACUAUAAGCAACGAACCAAAUUCUAUGAAUUAAGCCUUAAGUGUUUUUUCAGAUACCUGUUCCUAUCUCUGCGCCUGUGUUACUUAAUUUUGUGAAGUUUUAUCAGCUGUUGGAUAGGGCAGGAAUAUGCAGAGUGAGGCAAUUGGUGGUGAAUCCUGCUCUUAUUGCACCCAAAGUCUUGAUUGAAGAUGAAUAUACUUGAUCCUAACAUCCAGCCAUUACAAACACACACUUAUUUUUUAUUUAUGUCUGUCCCUUGUUCAUUAGUGUUCCAUAGCAAAAGACUUGAAGAACUUGUAGCUGGUAUGAUCUAAACGCAGAACAUCAUCUUCAUUUUGAGUGCCAUGAGGUUGAAUGAGAGCUGAAAAUUGUUUAGCUGCAUGUGUUGUAUAAGGCAAGAUUGUAAUAUGCUCAUAACACUUUAACCUUCCCCUUUAUCUCAUUGACUUUGUAAAAGAUUCACUUCACUGUGAGUUGCUUCUUUUUGUAUGUGCACACCCCUUCAGAAACAGGUUGCGGCCUGCUGUAAGUAUGUACAGGUUUUUGUGUAAAUUAUUAACAGAUGGAGGAGUUUUAAGGAUUGCAAAGACUGAAUCUGGUAUAUAUCUGAACGUCUCCCUCACAAGCAAGAAAUGAUUUGAAUUCUACUCGUGUGAACAUUGGGAAGAGACGUGGAAAGUCUUGUAAACAUUUUUAUAGAAAGUACGACGGGAACUGACCACAUGCAGAGAUGAGACGAAGCACACUCCAAACACAAGGAGAGUUUGGCUCUGGAGAAGGUAGAGAUGUCCCAUCCUCCAGAGCAAACUUUUAUGUUAACACACAGAAAGAUACAUUUGUCUGAUAUACGGUUAGUUGUCAUUAUUUUCAUAACAUGAUUUCUUAAUGAAUAAAAAAGUGCUUUUAACUUGA